AUGGCGUCUCCUCCUCCAAGCGAAACUUUGUUCGUGACAGGUCUGCCAAUGGACAGUACCAGCGAGAGUGCCAAGCAAGUGUUCAGCCAGUAUGGUGCUGUGAAGCAAACGACGGUGCUCCCGGUUUUGGCGGGCAAGACCGCGGCAGCCGCUUUCGUUAUCAUGGAGACCGUAGAGGAUGCACAGUGGAUUGUGGACAACGUAAACGGCAACGUCCCUCAGGGUCUGAUGAGCCAGGUGACGGUUGUCUUCGCCACACCGAGGGAGCAGAGGAAAGGUGGUGGCAAAGGAAAGAUGAAGGGUACGGAGGUACCGGUUGGGGAGGUGGUGGUGGAGGUGACUGGGGCGGCGCCUACGGAGGUGGCAAGGGCAAAGGAUGGUGAGAAGUUGCUGAUCUGGCUGAUGGCAGAUGGAGCCGAGCGACCCCUUGUGAGACCCGGGGCAAGCAUGAAGAGCGUCAUGCAGUGGGUUGAGCGAAGCUUCGACUACAUCCCCGAGGGCUUUCGACUCCGAUCUGCAUCGCAGAGUGCGAGCGACACCGAGCUGGCAAACUAG